AUACACCAGCUUUGCUGCACACAUUAGUUUAUCGCUUUUUAAAAUAACAGGUUGUAAAGAGGACUAAAUAGAAAUUUAAUUAUUAGUUAAAGCUGAUGGAUGAGGAGGAUGACUGUCCAGAUCUGGUUCCUAUUGAGGAGAAGAGCACAACACCUUCUGCUCAAAUACCUGUCACCAUCAUAACAGGUUAUUUGGGUGCUGGAAAAACAACACUCUUAAACUACAUCCUGACAGAGCAGCAUAACAAAAGAAUAGCGGUCAUCCUCAAUGAAUUUGGUGAAGGCAGUGCACUGGAGAAAUCCCUGGCUGUGAGUCAGGCAGGAGAGCUGUAUGAAGAAUGGCUGGAGCUUAGGAAUGGCUGCCUGUGCUGCUCAGUGAAGGAUAAUGGAUUGAAGGCAAUAGAAAAUCUGAUGGAGAAGAAAGGAAAAUUUGACUACAUCCUUCUUGAGACAACCGGUCUGGCAGAUCCAGGAGCGGUUGCAUCUAUGUUCUGGGUGGAUGCGGAACUGGGAAGUGAUCUUUAUUUGGAUGGCAUUAUUACAGUCAUUGAUGCAAAAUAUGGACAGCAGCAAUUGACUGAGGAGAAACCAGAAGGCCUUAUUAAUGAAGCUGCGAGGCAGAUAGCUCUUGCUGAUCUGACCAUCAUAAAUAAAACAGAUCUGGUGAAUGAGGGUGAUCUUGGUCAGCUUCGAGACACAGUGAGGACGAUCAAUGGUCUUGUUAGAAUCAUGGAAACACAAAGGUCCAGGGUUGACCUGUCUCAGGUGUUGGAUCUGCAUUCUUUCGACACCAGUAAUAGUGAGAGGCUAAUUGAGAAGCUAGAGCUAAUGAAAACAACACAGCCACAUCUAGACAAGAAUAUAAUAACAGUUACGUUUGAAGUACCUGGAAGUGUCUCUGAGGACGAGCUAAAUGUGUUUAUUCAGAAUCUUUUAUGGGAAAAGGUGUUUGAAAACAAAGCAGGAUUGCCAAUGGACAUCAUUCGCUUAAAGGGAAUCCUGUCUCUUCAUGGAAAGCAGAAGAAGGCCAUGCUGCAGGGCGUUCACGAGCUUUACGAGCUGGAGGAAACACCCGAAGCCUGGACAGAUGAAGAGCCCAGAGUCAACCGACUGGUCUUCAUUGGUCGACAUCUGGAUAGAGACGUUCUGAAGACAAAGUUUCUCCCUCUAAUCUCUGAUGAAAAGAAAUGUAUAGAGUAGAGGCUUCUGAGAUUGCAGACCAUCCUAAGACCAGUAGCUGUCUUCUACAUGAUAAUGGGCAAAGAAGAACCGAAAUUAGACCCUAAUUAUUGCUCCAAGUUGUUUUGGACAUUACAUAUAAUACAUAUAAUUUGGUUUAGGUAAUAGAUUAUGGUGCCACACCCUGCACUCCAACUUUGGUGUUUUUUUGAUGAUAUUAAGGUACUCCAUUUGCAAGGGUGGAACAGGGCUUAUAUCACUGAGCACUUGUGAUGUUGAAUUUCUAGUCCAUAAAUGACAUCUUCAUGAUGAGCUUGUAUGUGAAGUCUGAACACUAAUGUUUACAUGAAUUGCUGCUGUGAUCAGAUAUGUUCGAGUUUCUGCAAACUCCUAAUGGAUAUUUGUACACAAAAUACCUGAUAAAUAAUUUUACCAAAAAGGA